GGCACUGGUGGGCACAGGUGGGUGGGCACAGGUGGGUGGCACUUCUGGGCACAGGUAGGUGGCACUUCUGGGCACAGGUGUGUGACACUGCAGAGUGGCACAGGUGGGUGCACUGCUGGGCACAGGUGGGUGCACUGCUGGGCACAGGUGGGCGCACUGCUGGGCACAGGUGGGCGGAACUUGCGGGUGGCACUGCUGGGCACCGAUCAUCAGGGCACUGAUCAUCAGUGCCCUGAUGAUCGGUGCCGAUCCUCGCUGUGACAACUGCCGGUUCUCGGCAGUACUUUCCUCACGAUCUGACAGCGUGAGGAAAGUGCAGCCGAGAACCGGCACUUGCAU